GCAUGCGCCCGGCCGGGGCGGAGCGCGGAGAUGCAGGCGGCGCGCGGAGCCAUGGCCAACUUCCGCCUGGCACUGAUUCAGCUUCAUGUAUCUGCUGUCAAGUCAGAUAACCUUCAGCGAGCCUGUGGGCUGAUAAGGGAAGCAUCAGCCAAAGGAGCAAAAGUUGUGGCUCUGCCCGAAUGCUUUAAUUCUCCUUAUGGAACCCAAAACUUCAAGGAAUACGCAGAGAAGAUCCCUGGAGAAUCGACACAGAAGCUCUCAGAAGUUGCAAAGGAGUGCAGCAUCUAUCUUGUUGGAGGAUCCAUUCCAGAAGAGGAUGGUGGAAAGCUGUAUAAUACUUGUGCUGUCUUUGGUCCUGAUGGUGCUAUACUGGCAAAGCACAGGAAGAUUCAUUUGUUUGACAUUAAUGUUCCUGGGAAGAUACAGUUCAAGGAGUCUGAAACACUGAGUCCAGGGGAUAGUUUCUCCAUGUUUGAUACUCCAUACUGUAAAGUGGGCCUGGGCAUCUGCUACGACAUCAGAUUUGCUGAGCUGGCUCAAAUCUACGGACAGAAAGGUUGCCAGCUGCUGAUAUAUCCAGGGGCUUUUAAUAUGACAACGGGACCAGCUCAUUGGGAACUGCUACAAAGGGGACGAGCUGUGGAUAAUCAAGUCUACGUAGCUACUGUAUCUCCUGCUAGAGAUGAAAAAGCAUCCUACAUUGCCUGGGGACACAGCACCGUAGUAAAUCCAUGGGGUGAAGUCAUAGCCAAAGCUGGGGCUGAGGAAACAGUUAUCUACUCAGAUAUCGAUUUGAAGAAACUUGCAGAAAUCCGUCAACAAAUUCCUAUUUUAAGCCAGAAGCGUCAUGAUCUCUACGGCAUAGAGAUGAAAAAGUGAAGCUGGGUGAACAGGAAAGGUUCUAGUUGCACAGUAGCUGCUGCUUCCAUCUUCAGGAUUCCCUUACUGGUUGCUCCACAGGCUACUGUGAUAAUUGAUUAGGGGCAAAAUGACUUACUGGUAUAAUUCUAAAAUUGACUGAAGUACAACUUUAAUUUACAGUAUUAAACAGCUAGGAUGAAGCUGGAGGUGAAAUCAACUAAAUAGCAGUUAAUCUUUUUAGUCAUUACUGCAUUUAGAUACUUUUGUUUGUUUUGCUCUUAAGUUUCUGAGGGUUUUUUUUUUUAGGAUGUAGAGAGGUGGGAAUUAUGUUCUCUCUGGAAAUCCUCUGAAGUCAGCUUUAGUAUUAUGAACUUUUCUCUGAAUUAUCAGGGGCUCUACAGGUAUGACUUCCACAUCAGUACCUAAAUGACUCUGAGUUUCUUAAAUGCCCAACUUCAAUCCAGGCAAGCUUAAAGUUUAACACACUAAGCAAAAUAGGCCAAAUUUCACUCGGAACUACUUAAAGAUAAUGUGAUUAGCAGUCAAACAGAAUUGUUACUAUGCAAGAAUCUUAACAGAUCCUGGCUGGAAUAUCUGUAUUAAAUUCUUAAUACAAUUCCUGCUUAUUGCUGAAGUGAUGUUACUGUUCUGUCAGAGCAGCUCACUUGUCACCACACCCUUGCUCUAUUACUGCUUCCUGAGUGUAAUGUCUGAAUUGGUUUUAGUUUCGCUUUCUUGUUGUGUUCUAUUGAAAAGGCUGAGGGGUCAAUCAAAACGGUUGGAAAAUUGGUUGCCUUUCCAUCCACAGUGUCAUAGAAUGCAGAUACCUGUAUCACUAAACAUCUACAAGCAUUACUGCUACCAAAGGCCAGCUCCCUCCAGCUGCGUGGAUAUGUUCCUCACUGCAUUGCUCUUGCUUAAGAGACCAGCAAACUGGUUAAAGAUGGCUUUAAAGAACUUAAAGGCAGUCUUGCAUUUUGUAAGAGAUUUUUUCUCAGGAGGGCACCUUAGUGGUUCCAUUUCUAAUGAAAAAGCAAAGUAUUUGCUGAUGGCAAAUGUUUUCCUUAAGUGGGAAGCAAAAAGAAGCAUAUAUGACUAUUCAUGCUUUACCUCUGUGCUUUUAGUUUACCACCAACACAAAGGAUGAUCGACAGGCAAAAGGAGAUUUCAGAUUACAGAAGAGGACAGCUGAAAGCUUUUGUCUUGUUCUAUCUAGCUACUUGUGCCCCAAACCAUCUUACCUGUUCCUUCUUCAGCCAUCCUUCUCCCACAGCUAUCCUCUUUCUGAUAUUCCUUUGACUUCUCCGGGGUUAGUCAGCUGCGUUGUUCAGAGGCCCCAGCCACCUAUAGGGGAAUUAAUGGUUACAUUAAGUUAAACCCUAAGAAGUCUUUCCCCUAAAAGGCAGGUCCAUCAUUCCAUUCAGUGGCAUUAUCUAUUCCAGCAGCCUUCUGUGCCUGUGCUUUCUCAGCAUUUUGGUCUACACACCGUAAUGGAACUCUUAAGAAACACGCCAUGGAGCGUAAGGUGAAAUGAAAAUUUAUUUGUUGAAAAAUAAAUACAGAAAAAUUAA